CAGCACCAAGAGCCGAGAGAUCCUGCAGUAAUCAAUCAAACCGUUAGAGGGCGCUGUUUUAAUAUUGAGCAAUCCAUCAUGGCACCCAUGGAACACAGACAUCGCCCCGGUCCGCUGAAACAGGACAACAAAUCUCACAAAACCGGGCGUCACCGCACCAAGGGGCAGAUAGACAAGGAGUAUAAAGGUCGUGUACCAGUAAAGGCAGGGACAAAAAGAGUGAAACGGGAGAAGACCAAGGCAGACAAGAGACAUCAUGCAAUGCAAAAGCGUCAGAAAAGUAGGGAAGAGGUAUUCAUGCAGAAAAGAACUCUGGGAGGAGCCACAGGGCCACCACAUACUGUGGUGAUUGUCCCCCUGUGUGAUGAUGUGAGUUCUGAGGAGGCGUUAACAGAGCUGCUGGGGUGUGAUGACACAGCAGUGGUGUACACAACACAAGACAACAAGAUUGUCAACAUGUCCGUACCACGACAUAAACACAGAUUCACCUUCCUCACUCCCCCCAGGAACAACAUUGGAGCAAUACUGGAUGCUGCUAAGGCUGCUGAUACCCUGUUGUUACUUCUCUCCCCGACCCGAGCAACUGAUGAGUUAGGGGAGCACUGUCUGACCUGCCUGUUUGCACAAGGACUCCCUACACCUGUCUUAGUCACACGGGGAAUUAAUAACUUGCCUGUGAAGAAGAGAAAUGAUGCUAAGAGAAGUGUUAACAAGGCCAUGGAGAGAAGAUUUCCUGACGAAAAAGUUCACACACUAGAUUCUCAACAGGAUGCAGCUUUGGUACUGAGACAUGUGACCAAUCAGAAGCAGCGUAGACUGAAGCUGCGUGACCACCGGCCGUACCUGCUGGCUCAGAAUGUCAGUUACCAAGAGGAAGAGGAGUCCCCUACACAUGGGACACUGAAGCUGACAGGCUACUUGAGAGGCUGCCCCCUCUCUGUGAAUGGACUGGUCCAUCUUCCUGGUUAUGGUGACUUCCAGAUGACCCAGAUUGACCUUACCCCUGACCCUCACCCCUUGCAGAAACAGACAGACAAGAAGAAGCAAAAAGAUGCCAUGGACACAGAGUCCCCAUCCUCCACAUGUAUGGAGCAGGAUGUGCAGGUCCUCGCCAGGGCUGACCCCAGCAGACAGGAGUCCCUGCAGGCUGAGGUGGUGCCUGACCCCAUGGAGGGGGAACAGACAUGGCCCACAGAGGAGGAGAUCAGGGAAGCUGAGGCUGCCUUGAAAGAGAAGAUCAAGACGGUGAAGAAAGUUCCCAAGGGAACCUCAGACUACCAGGCUGCCUGGAUUGUGGAUAGUGAAGAUGAGGGAGACAAUGCAGAGGAGGAGUCAGACUCAGACUCAGAUGAUGAUGCCAUGAUGGAGGCUGUGGAAGAAGAGGAAGAUGAAGAGGAGGCUGGGAGUAUUGCUGCUACUGAGGACUAUGAGGAGAUGAGCCUGGCUGGAGAAGACAGAGAUGCCAAGUACGAUGCAGGGUUUGAUGCUGAGGAGGAGGAGGAGAUGCUGCAGAAGUACAAGGACGAGCGGCAGGACCAGAUGUUCCCAGAUGAGGUGGACACGCCCAUGGACGCCUUAGCUAGGAUCAGGUUCCAGAAGUACAGAGGCCUGAAGAGUUUCCGUACGUCCCCCUGGGACCCCAAGGAGAACCUUCCGCUAGACUUCGCCAGGAUUUUCCAGUUUGAAAGCUUUAAGCGGACAGCCAAACGGGUCCUGACUGCAGACAGAGAUGACACUGAUGCUGCCAUGCCUGGCUGGUACAUCACUAUUCAUGUAGCAAAUGUGCCAAAGACAUUCAUAGAGAGCUACAGCCCCUCCCACCCCCUGGUUGUGUAUGGUCUACUGCAGCAUGAACAGAAGAUGUCAGUGGUGCACUUCCUUGUCAAGAGGCAUUCUGGGAACACAGAGCCAAUCAAGUCUAAGGAGAGAAUGAUCUUCCAUGUGGGUUACCGCAGGUUUGCAGCCUGUCCUGUUUACUCCCAACACACUCUGGGCAACAAACACAAGUUUGAGCGUUUCCUGCGGAGUGAGGGGACGUCCGUUGCCACGGUGUACGCGCCCAUCAUGUUCCCUCCUGCCUCCGUCCUCAUGUUUAAGGAGUACCCUGAUGGUUCCCAGUCUCUGGUGGCGACAGGUUCCCUCCUGAGUGUUAACCCAGACCGUGUGGUCGCCAAGCGGAUCGUACUGAGCGGCCAUCCCUUCAAGAUCAACAGGAGGCUGGCAGUGGUUAGAUACAUGUUCUUCAACAGAGAGGAUAUCAUGUGGUUUAAGCCAGUGGAGUUGAGGACCAAGUGGGGAAGAAGAGGGCAUAUCAAAGAGCCUAUUGGUACUCAUGGGCACAUGAAGUGCUUUUUUGACGGCCAGUUGAAGUCCCAGGACACUGUGCUGAUGAACCUGUACAAACGUGUGUACCCCAAGUGGACCUAUGACCCAGAGGUCAACAUGCCUCCACCUGAGCAACCUCUGACCUCAGAGGUCACCAGUGUGGAGGAAGAAAUGGGAUAAGGAAGUCAGACGUGUCAAAAGUCAUAUUUUUGACCUCCAGUUUUCAAUCUUUAAUCAGACAAAAAUGUUUCUAAUUGUGUUCCUAUACCUAGACAAAGAGUAUACAUGCAUGUUCAUGUAUGAUGAUGAUAAUGACAUCAAAGGUCAAAAGAUGUCCCCUACGUGAAACACUUGGUUCAGAAAUAGCAUGAUGUACUAAAAGAGUAUUUGAAAGAAACAUGUAUAUCAGAGAGCAAUAAGAGGAGCAAUAUUGUAAUAGGAAAAGAAUGAAUGUGAUUGUCCAUAUUCUUGAUGCAGUUAAAUCAUGGAGCUUACUUGAUGUGUAAGGCUAUGUAAGGAUAUUAUAUCUCAGUCUAUAGUGGAUGAACUAACACCAUGAUUGGAACAUUUCAAGAGAUAGAAGAGUUGGUCAACUUUGGUGGUAAAUCCACAGAAACAAAGUAUUAACCAAUGUUAGUGUUAAUAUUAACUUACUAACCAACUUGUAAUUGGUUCCUUAUAUAAGAUAUUGCUUGUGAUGAAACUGGUUUCCAGUUGAUGUUAAGAAUUAGAAAGCUAAGAUCUGUAGGUAUGACCACAAGGUUCUGGUUAAUAUUAACUCGCUAACCUACCCGCUUCUGUGGGGCAACAAAAUCAACGUCUUCCAUUUUGCUCGCACACCAGACAUGUUGAGGUUGCCUAGGCAACUGUUGCCAUGGAUGCAUGCUCCUGGUUGUGUGAGUUAAGAGUGUUACACUUGACAAAGUUAGUCAAGACUUUAAGGGGUUGGAAGGGGAGAAGGGUUGUACAUAUGGGUAUAUAGAGAUAGGAAUCAGGAUAGGGGAGGAUAAGUGAUGAGGUUAGUUGACCAAUGUUGUUAGAAAUACAGUAUCAGAAUGCGAGGUAGUAGUGGAAUCUUCAUCAUUACCAAGUACUGUAGGAAAUGAUGAUCAUGAACUGAUAAUUUUUCAGUGAGACUUGAAUAUAUUAAGUCCCAUAUUUGGACAAUUUUUAAAAAUUUUUAUUUUGUUAGUAUAUAAUUUGGGAGUAUUCAAAGGGGGGAGAUGUUCGGUGGUUGUUCAAAAUGGCGCGUAAGAGACGGUGAUGGGCGAAGAGCUGGUUCUGGGACGUCCUGGUUCUCUCAGUUUGUUCGAGAUCUGGGGUUCUCUCUCUAGUUCUCGCCAGAUCUCGCAGUGGUCAUCACGUGGUUUGCCCACAAUUCCCACGUAUGACGUCAUCUCGUCAUACGCCCAUCACAAUUUUUUUAAAUUUUUAUUUUAUUCACUGUUUUGCCCUACCAGCAUUGAUGCUGGUUUCAGUGAUUGAUAAAAAAAAACUUUAUUGGCUCUGACAACAGGAAGAAGUGUUACUGACUGUACUUUAGAUUCAUGUGCCACAGUACAAAUUGCCAAACUGCAAAUAAUUCCAUUCAGUAGAUCUGUGGUAUAUUUUAUGACCUGUAUGCUGUAGCUAUUACAAAUGGGAUGUCCUUCCUACAACAAGAUAGGCAUAAGCAUGUGGUUAGCCUUGUAGCUAAGUUGUAAACACCAUUGGUAUUGUUUCAGUUGCUGAUGUUUCAUCAUUUUAUCAGUUGAUAUAUUCUUGAAAUAUGCAGCAUUCCCACAUCGACUAGUUUUUGCAAAUGUGUAACUACAUGUAUGAUAUUAUAUUUUGAAAUUGAAGUCAAGAAAGGGAAUAUCACAGAAUAGUUUCCAUGCCACUUGAGGAUCAUCUCUUUGUUGAAAUGCAAGUAUUGAGGGAAAAAAAACAGACAAAACAUACUGUACAGAAGUGAAAACUUGUCAUUAACAUACAGAAGAAACUGUUUGACAAUGUAUCUUGUAAGAAGUUUUGUUGUGGCAGUAGAUAUGUAGUAAUUAUUAAACUGUGCAUUGAAUGUAAGACGUUCAGAUAGAAUUUUGCAAUGACUUCUGUACCAAUGAAGAAGGGAUAGGUUUAUAUAAGGGCAGUCAUCUGCGUUUGCAUUGUCCAUUUGUAUAAAAAGCAAAACUGUG